CUACAGCUGUUGUUUGAAUUGACAUUUCCAGAAUUCGAGUCCAGGAAUAAAUUGCGUUUGCGAAUUCGUGGUUUUGAUUUAAUUGCUGCAUUGCAUUAUUUAAUAUUAACUAAUUAAGUAAUGACUGAUAUACAAAGUGUUUUUAAACAACAAUGCAUAGUGCCUGAUGUAUUAACUAUAGCACCUUCAGAGCCAAUAAGCAUCCAAUAUCCUAGCGGAGUAACAGUUGAUAUGGGAAAAGAAUUAACUCCCACUCAAGUAAAAGAUAAACCCGUUGUAAAAUGGGCAGCUAAAGAUUCUGAAUACUAUACUCUAGCAUUGGUAGAUCCAGAUGCACCGAGUCGAGAAAAUCCCAAGUUUAGAGAAUGGCACCACUGGCUCGUUGGUAACAUUUUGGGAGGUGAUAUGAAUAAAGGUGAAGUAUUGUCCGAUUAUAUUGGAGCUGGACCACCAAAAGGAACGGGAUUACAUCGAUACAUAUUUUUGGUAUACAAGCAACAAGAAAAAUGUGAUUUUUCAAAGGUGCCUAAGCUUCCAAAUAACUCUGGUGACAAAAGAGGAAAAUUUUCCAUUAGCAAGUUUGCUCAGCAAUUUAAGUUGGGUACGCCAGUUGCUGGAAAUUUUUACGUGGCCAAAUAUGAUGAUUAUGUACCAAAGCUGUAUGCAAAGCUGAAAGGUUAAUCAAAAACCAAAAUCAAUUAAAUACAUUAAAUAAAAACCGGUAUUUAUCGAAACAUGCCUAGAGUUCUGGGCAGCUUUUGCUAGAAAAAAAAUAAUUGUCUAUGGUCGAUCGAUAAUUAUUUCCGCCUCCGCGUGACAAUCUCAUUUUUUGGUCAAGUCGAAGUCGCCAUAUCACAUCAUCCGCCAUUACACUUUGGAGUUUGCGUAAAUUGGUCGUUGCACUGUCUGCGUCACUAGAGUCUACAUUCUAGAACCGCAUCAUCAGUGACAUUUUUCAGUGUUCGUGCGUCGUAUCGCAGAGUUUCGUUAGAACAAAGAGUAGUGACGUUCAAUCGUAUGUCCAUCCAGAAUCUCAA